AUGUGGUACCCUCCAGCCAGCCUGUUGCUGUUUUUCUUCUGCUUCAUUGCUUGUGAUUUAUAUUCUCCAGAUCCAGGGCUUCUGUCUCAAGGCAGGAGCCACCUGCAAUGGGUUCAAGAACUAGCCCGACACCCACGAUAUGGACCUUGUUGGAUGGAGGCCUUGAGACAAUUGGAUGGUGGGUGCAAGGAGUUGAAUGAGGAACAGCAAAGCCAUAUUGCACUGGCAUUUGCUCAUUGCCACCUACAGCGGUCUGGGAGGAAGUUCCCACCCUGUGAAAUUGGUAGCUCCAUCCGUGACUGCACACAGCACAUGGAUCCAGUGGCUUUUGGCGUGUACACAGAGUUUUUCACUCAUGCUCAUGCCAUCUGUUAUUUUCUUCACAAUGAGGCUUGGCAGCAGCAGGCCCAAGAUACUGUGCACAGGCUGAUCUCCUCUUCAGAAACGGUGGCCCAUCAGCUGGAAUCUACCAAUCAGCUUGCAGAAGAGACUGCUCGGAUCCAAAAUGCCACCUUGCGCUCUCAGGAGCAAAUCCUGCGCGAUGGGGAGCUGCUAGGGCAGAUGCUCCGUGACUCCUCCCAAGGCAUACACCGGGCCUUCCAAGAACUACAGAAUUCGGCCAUCGAGCAACGCGUGGCCUUUGCAGAGAUCUUUAAUCGGGUGGCCUUCCUACAUCGCUUUGUAGUGGGGGAAUCCAAUGCUCUCUAUUCUGUCUUCUUCCAUCUCUUGAGCGGUGUAACAGCCCUGCUGCUGACCUCUAGCCAGCGAACUGCAAGAGCUCGGCUCAUUUUGCUGACCUUGGUGGGAGCUAACAUUUACCUAGAACGUGUUGUUUGCAACUUUCUCCUGGAUCGCUCAGAAGAAGGCUAUGACCUGACGGAAAACAUCUCCUUCUGGGUGGGCCUGACGCGCCGGACUUUUGCUGGACUGUGCAUAGCUAUACUGGCUUAUUUUAUUUGGACCUACAAGGACCCAGCCAAACAGAACCAAGAGGUGCUGCAGAGUCUGCAGGAAACUCGGAAAGAGAUUCAGCAACUUUUACAAGAAACUGAGAGGCUGUUGGCUAAACCGGAGCUUCUGUUUCAAAGUACCAAGCCUGGAACAGACAAGGAGGUGUCGACUGACAUGGGGGUCUCAAAGCUGCUGUUCUGUUCAGAGAAGAGAGCUGAAACAGAACCAAAAGAAUAUUGGGCUGAAUACCAGAGAAAUGAGAUACAGACUAGCAGCCCCAGGCAGAGAGGAUGGCCAUCUUCCCAGGCUCAUCGUGCAUUGUCUCGCCAGCAUAGGCAAUCCCAAAAUGUGGCUCCUCGGCUGCUGACAAUCUCUAUACCAGUGGAUGGGACUCCGCGGUACAACCUUCGGAGCCGUCAGUCUCUACAAGACCCAGGCUCUUUCACAAGCUGAUAGGCCUGAGCCCCAGAUGUCUGCAAAGAAGAGCCAAAGUAGUAUAAAUAACUUCACUGUGCACUGAUGCAGCCAAAGGAAGCGGCAUCUCUUUUGGCAAGGUUUUGGACAACAAUCAUACUUCUUUGAGAAAGACAGUUAUCAAUCUGGGACAUGAUUCCCUUAUUUGAUUUUCUGAGAGUAUCCCCAAAAUUUUAAAAAUACUAAAGAACCUGAGCAGGCAAGAGUUGAGCUGAAUAUUAUGCCUGGGUUUGAUAUGGCCUGCCUCAUAUUCUUAAAUCUAGCUACUUUUGAUUUUCAGUCCCUGGUUGGCAAGAAAAUAGAUCAAUAGACAGACACGGGUACAAAGUGUUUUUUAAAUUAAUUUUAAUUAACUGUAGAAUUUUUCCCCAUACAUGAUUUGGCUCAGUAACCUCUUCCUUUUUGCAACUCUGACUAGAACUGAAGUAUCCCCCUGAGUCACUGUUCUCAAGAAUGG